GCCAGCGACAGCAUCAGCAGCGGCGAGAGAUACCCGCUUAUUAUCGGCUGCACACUUCCAUACCACACGCUGCGAUUAUUACUAUUAUUUUUGAACACUACUAGUUGAAGUUGUAACCAGGGGAGCAUGACUAACUAGUUGUGGGUGAAAUUAUGGGAUGCAUCGUCAUGGCAACAGACCAGACGUCACAAUCUGGGCAUGUGUGUUCCAUUUUUGUCUUUCUUAUUUUUCAGACUGGAGGACCUGGAUAGAGAUCAGUGGAAUAAAAAUAUAUUCAAAUUAUUGUUAUUAUUAUUAUUUUGCUAAUCCUGGAGAGGAGGACAUUUUUUAAAUUUCUUUUUUGUAAAUUGAGCGACGAAUAGAUUUGUUUUUGGUUGAAGAAAGAGGCUGAGCUGCGGCGUGUGGAGGGUUAACUUUCAGUAUCCUCAGUCUAAAAGGGGGUUUGGGGGGCUAUGAGCUAAAGAUGCCGGGGUCGCUGAGUAAUGAAGACGAGGGACAGGACGACAUGGAUUUUGAAGACGACAUGCCAGAUGAGGAUGAUGAAGGCGAACGCAACACCAUUCCCCUCACCCCCCUCGACAGCUUCUUCUCUGACGAUGACUCACUCAAACAACAAAAGAAGAAGAAGCCCAAAAAGAUAAAAGAGGGCAAAAUACCCAAAGUUAAGAAGAGGAAAAAGGAGGGAGGAAUUCAGCCAAAAGUUGACAGCGACCUGGAGGAGACCUCGGAGGUGGAGGAGGAACGGGAACGUCCGGAAAUCGGCUCGGAGAGCGAGAGCAGCAUGUAUGGCCCCACCAAGAAGAAGAAGAAGAAACCGAGGGAGAAGAAAGAAAAGAAGCCCAGGAAAAAGAAGAGAGAUGAGGAAGAAGAAGACGAUGAUGACGACGAUGGGAACAUGAAAGAGCCCAAAUCAUCCAGCCAGUUGAUGCAGGAGUGGGGCCUUGAAGACGUUCAGUACGGCUUCACAGAGGACGACUAUAAAACCAUCACAAACUACAAGGCUUUCAGCCAGUUCCUCAGGCCUCUCAUUGCCAAGAAGAACCCGAAGAUUCCCAUGUCAAAGAUGAUGACAGUGUUAGGGGCCAAAUGGCGAGAGUUCAGUGCCAACAACCCGUUCAAAGGCGCAUCUGCCACCGCCGUGGCCGCCGCUGUGGCCGCCGCCGUGGAAACGGUUACCGUGGCACAACCAACAUCUGUCUGCAGCAGCCAGCUGAGCUCUCAGCUGGGGCCGCUCAAAAAAGCCAAAACCAAAGAAGGAAAGGGACCAGGAGUGAGGAAGAGAAGCAAGUCUGUGAAAGAGUUGAAAAAGAAGCCCAAGUCGAAGAAGACCAAAUCAAAGUUGGGUCAAAGUGGGAAGAAGAAAAAAGCAUCCUCGAGUGAGGAAGACUUCCUGGAGGAGUCAGACUUUGAUGACAUCAGCAUCCACAGUGCCUCCGUGUUUUCUGAUACUUUGGGGGCCACCACCAAGAAAAAGGCGCGGCGUGGGCGGAAAAAAAGGAAAAAGGAAGACGGGGAUGGCUACGAGACAGAUCACCAGGACUACUGUGAGGUCUGCCAACAGGGUGGAGAGAUCAUCCUGUGUGACACCUGUCCCAGAGCGUACCACCUGGUCUGUCUGGAUCCUGAGCUGGAGAAGGCUCCCGAGGGAAAGUGGAGCUGCCCACACUGUGAGAAAGAGGGGAUUCAGUGGGAGGCAAAGGACGAAGAGGAGGAGGAGGAGGAGGCUGCAGGUGAGGAGGAGGAUGACCACAUGGAGUUCUGCAGAGUGUGCAAAGAUGGAGGCGAGCUGCUGUGCUGUGACACCUGCCCUUCUUCUUAUCACAUCCACUGCCUCAAUCCGCCGCUCCCGGAGAUACCCAAUGGAGAGUGGUUGUGCCCUCGAUGCAUGUGUCCUCCUCUGAAAGGUAAAGUACAGAAGAUUCUGCACUGGACGUGGGGAGAACCGCCGUUACCAGCUGAACUGCCUGCAGGUCCUGAUGGCACGCCAAAUGAUCCACUGACCAAGCCUCCGCUCAAAGGCCACCCAGAGAGGGAGUUCUUUGUGAAGUGGGCCGGCCUCUCGUACUGGCACUGCUCCUGGGUCAGCGAGCUGCAGUUGGAGCUGUAUCACACGGUCAUGUACCGGAACUACCAGCGGAAGAACGACAUGGACGAGCCACCUCCGUUUGACUACGGCUCAGGAGAGGAGGAGCUCAACAACGAGAAGAGGAAGAGCAAAGACCCGCAGUACGCUGUGAUGGAGGAGCGCUUCUACCGCUACGGCAUCAAACCGGAGUGGAUGGUGAUCCACAGGGUGAUCAACCACAGUUUUGAUAAGGAUGGUGAUGUUCAUUACCUGAUCAAGUGGAGAGACCUGCCCUAUGACCAGUGCACCUGGGAGGUGGAUGAUUUUGACGUUCCAGAAUACAACAGUCACAAAGCCUCUUACUGGGACCACAGGGAGCAAAUUCUUGGUGAGGACCAGCGACCCCUGGUGGCGGGGAAAGUACAAAAACUCAAAGAGGACCAUCCAAAAAGGGAGGUCCCUCCUGAUGCUCCAAUCAUAGAUCCAACCAUCAAGUUUGAGCACCAGCCAUGGUAUAUUAAUGCCACAGGAGGAACGCUGCACCCGUACCAGCUGGAGGGCCUGAACUGGCUGCGGUUUUCCUGGGCUCAGGGCACAGACACCAUCCUGGCUGAUGAGAUGGGCCUGGGAAAGACAGUGCAAACAAUAGUGUUUCUCUACUCACUGUAUAAAGAGGGUCACUCCAAGGGGCCGUUCUUGGUCAGCGCACCCCUCUCCACGAUCAUCAAUUGGGAACGAGAAUUUGAGAUGUGGGCUCCAGAUUUCUACGUGAUGACGUACACCGGGGACAAAGACAGCAGGGCAAUCAUCAGGGAGAAUGAGUUCACUUUUGAGGACAGUGCAGUUAAAUCCGGGCGUAAGGUGUUUCGCAUGAAGAAAGACACGCCAAUCAAGUUCCACGUGCUGCUGACCUCCUAUGAGCUGAUUACUAUAGAUCAAGCCAUUCUGGGCUCCGUCACCUGGGCCUGUCUGGUGGUAGACGAGGCCCACAGACUGAAGAACAACCAAUCAAAGUUUUUCAGAAUUCUAAAUGGGUAUAAAAUCUACUACAAGCUGCUGCUGACCGGGACUCCUCUUCAGAACAACCUGGAAGAGCUUUUCCACCUGCUCAACUUCCUCACUCCAGAGCGAUUUAAUAACCUGGAAGGAUUCCUGGAGGAGUUUGCUGACAUCUCUAAAGAGGACCAGAUCAAGAAACUCCAUGACCUGCUUGGGCCGCACAUGCUCAGGAGGCUGAAAGCCGACGUCUUCAAGAACAUGCCUGCAAAGACGGAGUUGAUCGUCAGGGUGGAGCUCAGCCCCAUGCAGAAGAAAUAUUACAAGUUUAUUUUGACGCGAAACUUUGAGGCCCUGAACUCCAAAGGUGGAGGAAACCAAGUGUCUCUGCUCAACAUUAUGAUGGACCUGAAAAAGUGCUGCAACCAUCCCUACCUGUUCCCCGUGGCUGCUGUGGAGGCGCCUGUUUUACCCAACGGUUCUUAUGAUGGCAACUCAUUGGUGAAGUCCUCAGGAAAACUGACACUGCUUCAGAAAAUGCUGAAGAAACUCAAAGACGAAGGACACAGAGUUCUCAUUUUCUCUCAGAUGACAAAGAUGUUGGAUCUACUUGAGGAUUUUUUGGAGUUUGAGGGUUAUAAAUAUGAACGAAUUGAUGGAGGGAUUACUGGUGGUCUGAGACAGGAGGCCAUCGACCGCUUCAAUGCGCCGGGCGCUCAGCAGUUCUGCUUCUUGCUUUCAACACGAGCUGGAGGUCUUGGCAUCAAUCUUGCAAGUGCAGACACUGUCAUCAUCUACGAUUCUGACUGGAAUCCCCACAACGACAUUCAAGCUUUUAGCAGAGCGCACCGUAUCGGCCAAAACAGGAAGGUGAUGAUCUAUCGUUUUGUGACGCGAGGCUCAGUGGAGGAGCGAAUCACUCAGGUGGCAAAGAGGAAGAUGAUGCUUACCCAUCUGGUUGUGCGGCCUGGCCUGGGCUCCAAAACUGGCUCCAUGUCCAAACAGGAACUGGACGACAUCCUCAAGUUUGGCACGGAGGAGCUUUUCAAAGAUGAAAUGGAGGCAGCUCGAGCGAUGGGAAUGGGUGAUAACAAAGACGGCGAAGAGGGCAAUGUAAUUCACUACGACGAUGACGCAAUCUCCAAGCUGUUGGACCGCAGCCAGGAUGCCACUGAAGACACAGAGAUCCAGAACAUGAACGAGUACCUGAGCUCAUUCAAGGUGGCCCAGUAUGUGGUGAAAGAAGAAGAUGGAGAGGAAGAGGUGGAGCGGGAGAUCAUCAAGCAGGAGGAGAACGUGGAUCCAGACUAUUGGGAAAAACUCCUCCGUCACCACUACGAGCAGCAGCAGGAGGAUCUGGCUCGCAACCUGGGCAAAGGCAAGCGCAUCCGCAAGCAGGUCAACUACAACGACACGACGCAGGAGGAUCAAGAAUGGCAGGAUGAUCUUUCAGACAAUCAGUCGGAGUACUCGGUGGGGUCCGAGGACGAGGACGAAGAUUUUGAGGAGAGGCCUGAAGGUGGGCGCAGACAGUCUCGUCGGCAGCUGAAGAACGAGAAAGACAAACCUCUGCCACCGCUGCUGGCACGUGUUGGGGGAAGUAUUGAGGUCCUGGGGUUCAAUGCUCGCCAGAGGAAAGCAUUCGUCAAUGCCAUAAUGCGCUGGGGCAUGCCUCCUCAGGACGCUUUCAAUUCUCACUGGCUGGUUAGAGACCUGAGAGGGAAGAGUGAACGUGAGUUCAGAGCCUACGUGUCACUGUUCAUGAGACAUCUGUGUGAGCCAGGGGCAGACGGGGCGGAGACCUUUGCUGAUGGCGUCCCACGAGAGGGGCUGUCUCGUCAGCAUGUCCUCACCAGGAUCGGAGUCAUGUCCCUCGUCAGGAAAAAGGUGCAAGAGUUUGAGCAUGUAAAUGGGAAACUGAGUUCUCCGGAUCUGAUUCCCAUUGGAAUGGAGCUGAAGAAAUUGACUGAGAGUGUAUCAUCUGAUCCCAACACUCCUGUGCCAGCCAGCCCCGGCGCUACCCAGCCCAGCACCCCCAUCCCUCCAGAGAAGAACGAGUCUCUCUUGGGCACUGCUGAGGACAAGGACACAGCAGAGCAAGAGAGUAAGAAACUGUCAGAGCAGGAAGCUUCCAGUGCCGAGCCAACAUCUGUACCUGAGAAGGCAGCUGACAGCGAAGAGAGCAAGGGCAGCUCAGAGGAGAAAACAGGAGAUGAGAGGGACAGGACCCAGUCACCUUCCACAAAGAUGGAGCCAUCUGCCAACCCAAAAGAGCCCGUUUUGAGACAGACAGAGCUGUCAUCGAGUCAAAUCUCACCAAAAAUGGAGCCCUACAGAGAAACAGAGAAGUCCUCAGACAAAGGCGAUACUGACUCUCUCCUGGCAAAAAAUGAAGACAAGGAAAACAAGCCAGAUGAUGCGAAGAGCGACGAUGCAUUGGAGGGCCGGUUAAACGGAGACAAAGACACCUUGGAUGAGAUGGAUGAGAGCAGGAAGGAGGACAAGAAUGGAUUUAAAACCAAGUUCAUGUUUAAUAUUGCUGAUGGAGGUUUUACAGAGCUGCACACCCUCUGGCAAACUGAGGAGCGGGCGGCACUGUCAUCUGGAAAAAUGCACGACAUCUGGCACCGUCGCCACGACUACUGGCUGUUGGCUGGCAUUGUAACACAUGGCUACGCUCGUUGGCAGGACAUCCAGAAUGAUCCGCGCUAUGCUAUUCUGAAUGAGCCCUUUAAGACUGAAAUGCACAAGGGCAACUACCUGGAGAUGAAGAACAAGUUCCUGGCUCGCCGCUUUAAGCUGUUGGAGCAGGCGCUGGUGAUUGAGGAACAGCUGCGGCGGGCGGCCUACCUGAACAUGACCCAGGAUCCCAGUCACCCGGCCAUGGCUCUCAACACUCGCUUCGCUGAGGUGGAGUGUCUGGCAGAGUCCCACCAGCACCUGUCCAAAGAGUCUCUGGCUGGGAACAAGCCUGCCAACGCGGUGCUGCACAAAGAGAUAAGGAGGAUGAAAGUGUGGGAAGAGGCCAAAGCCAAAGACUAUCAAAUACUGAACCAGCUGGAGGAACUGUUGAGUGACAUGAAAGCGGACGUCACGCGGCUGCCCAACAUGCUGUCCAGGAUCCCACCGGUGUCAGCGCGACUUCAGAUGUCUGAGCGGAGCAUCCUGAGCCGCCUCACCAGCCGAGGCAGCGAGCCUCCACCGCAGCAGCCUUUCAGCCAGGGAGGCUUUGGCUGCUCUCAGAUGUACGGCAGCAGCUUCGGUGGUGGAUUUCGAGGACACGGUGGACAGCCCAUGGUGAACUACAGUCAAAUGCCUCUGGGACCUUAUGUCAGUGUGUCCUCAAAUGGUCCCCCACCACCUACAAGCCAUCUGGACAAGAAGUCACUUGAAUCCUUGAGAGACGUGGUCACACCUGACCUCAAGUCAGGCAAACCGAGUGAUGUCAUCUGUAUUGAAGACUAGACACGCUCUGAAAUGCUGCCCUGAGGUCAGAAACUCCCUUGGAUGGAACCUGUCUGGACAACAGCUGCCCAUCUCUUUCUGCUACACCAUGUCCUCUCUCUCCCGCUCCUUCCUGACUGAACGACAUGAAGCUCUCUGCUGUUGACGGAAAAAGGCCGUUCCCUUUUUGAUUAAUGCAGAUGUGUCUAUCUUAACAAUUGCACUUUUAUCUUUUUUGUGGAUCAUAUACGUAAGUAUUUCAGUAGAGGAGAAGAUGAGAAGGGAAGGCGCACCUUUCCUGAUAGAGGAUGUUUUUUUCCGGCCCUUCAAAAACUCCAGUUGGCAGUACUGAGUUUGUGAUGCUCUUGGAGUGUGUGUGUGUGUGUGUUUUAUCUGUGCCAGCCUUGACUGUUUGAUUCUGCGCGCCCUGCUGCUUUUAUCCAUCUACCCACUCAUUGUACACUGUGACUGUGCCCCACUGGAGCUUUUUCUCUGUGAAGAGGAGUGGUGUCAAGGGUGUCUUCAAUCAUAGUUUGACAGGAGAGGGCCAGUAUCGUUACUUUAAACUAAUGUGUUUUUGUCCUUCAUUGUUGUAACCAGUGGAGAAAGUAUUGAUUUAAAUGCAUCACAAACUAUUAUCAUGUAUGCAGUAGCUGGACACAGUCUGUCUGAAUCCUCUUAAGACUGCCACCCUCUGGUCAUUUGCAGACACUGGACUGCAGCACCUGUGAGGGUUGGCCUCUUGUACUGUAUAUACUCAGAGACUGCUGUUGAUUUUACCUCACAUAGGCCUAAUCAUAGUACAAUAUGUAAACAUACGUGGAUGAAACCAUGCGUGUGGCUCGGCCUCAAAUAAGGAGAAACGGGGCCGAGCAGAGGAAGCUGCAGAGGAGGCAAAAAUGAUGGAGACUUGUGUAUGGUACAAUAUUUGUGAUUCUUUCUGUAUUUGAAUGUUAGUGGCUGUAGAAGUUAACCCUGAGGUCACAACCAGUGGAACUGCACUAGUGGAAUUAUUAUUAUUAUUAUUAUUAUUUUUCUUUUUUCUUUCAGGGGGAGGGGGUUGCAGCAGCAGUUAGUACAAAUACAAAUCCUCAAAAGGGCUUUAGUUUUUAGAUCCUGCUUCUUGACUUUUGUUUGAAUUCCCAUGAAUUUGAUUUGUCCCCUUAAAUGAAAUGGUCUAUUGCUGUUCUGUUCAUUCAUUAACAUUGUAUUAUCAUAGCCUAUAGAAGGGUUUCUGUCACGGUACUUUCGCAGGUGAUUAUAAAAUUCACCCAUUUUAUAUACUCUCUGCGAUGUGAAAAGGUAUCUCUGUAAUUUCAUGUAGACUAUUAUUAUAAUAUCAUGUUGAUUAAGUCAACAGAACAAGACGAAGGGCAGUACGAUGAUGCACACAUGCGACACAGGAGCUCAGCAAGUUAGUAUAGGUCUCGGGCCCAUGUAAUGACAUCACCACACAGCAUUUAAAAUAGUUGUUUUAGAUUAAGAGGUUGUUUAUUCUUUUCCCCCGUAGUGAAUGCAGGAGAUCUUGUUCUUUUUUUUAUAUACAUAUAUAUAACUUGAGGGAGAAGCCAAUGCUGCCUUCUGAAAUAUGUAGGGGACAUGUCCCCCUCCCCCCCCCCCCUCCAUAAAUGACACCCCUGGACUGCAUUAUAAACAAAAACACAUCUGGUCUACGUCCACACACACAGUUUUAAGUGGAGAGUGGAUUUCUUUUCUUUUCUUCAUACAUCCUUGAGGUUUUCCCAGUUCUAUUUUCAGUGUGAAGACUACAGCAAGGCCUUAUGGUGCAGUUUGAACCUAAGUCCUAGUAUUUGUGACAUAACGAGAUUUUGUUUCACUCUCUUAGUGUGAAAUUAGAUUAAUUUGGUGCCAUGAAACGAGAUGAUGGAGUAUAACGUGUUCUACGCGGUGUUCUAUUUCAUCCACAGGUUUGUGAAUGAGUGUAAGUAUUAUUGUCACAGUGUGAACUCACAUUUGAAGGACGUUUUCUCUGUAUAAUAUCAGCUCUGAAGGACCAGUGUUGCACAACAUUACUCUCAGAUAUUGUGAUUCUUUCAAAGGCAGCAGUUAAUGCCUAUUGCUUUUCCUGGCGUGAAGGCACUUCAGCAUUGUAUAUCUACAUAUCUAGUCCAUGCCAUCUAUUAUUGCUAUGUGCUUUAGUGACUGUCCACUAAGUAAAGCAAUCUUUAAUAAAGCCAUGCUUACUAUUUCCAUUUCUAUGAAGACGUCGCUCAAACAUUUGGACUCAAAGUGAACAUUUCUGUUGACAUAUUUGUCAAUUUUUUUUUCUUUUUCCAAAGAUCAGUGACAUUAACAGUGUGUAUUAUUUUAUUGUCAUUGCCACAACGCUUAUUGGCCAUUUUUUUGGAAUGAUGACUGUGACUGGGCUAAUCUAAACUGAAGAGAAUGUUGUACAGAGUUGGUGAGUGUAUUUUCCUAAUCUCUUUUUGCUAAAUUAAUUGAUUGUCUUGAGGUGCUCUCAUCCGACCUCUUUUCACUUACUUAGACUGUGUGACUGCAGCCUUCUUGCCCUUCAAUUCUCGGACAUGGAACUGAGUCACAAAACAUCACCUGACCAUGACAUGACCCGUCAUAUCACUUUAUGCCCCUGUUCUCCAUUAACCUUAAGCAGUGCUUGUUUACACUGUUUCUGUUUCAUUUCAUCACUUAUUCGACCAUGACAUGUAUUGGGUUGCUUGACAGAUACAACCUCAGAAACAUGUAAAUACUUGAAGGAUUUUUCUGGAGAUUAGUCCAUCUCCUAUAGAUUUAUGUAUCAAACUGAAAAAAAAAAAAGAUGAAUGUUGGCUGGAUGGUGUUGCCAUAGAACUGCAGUGUGCACCAUCUGUGCUCAUCAGUCAAAAUCAUGUCUUUCCCCUCUGGAGUGAUGACAUCAAAAACAUACCGCAAAGAAAUGCAAUCAAACUGAAGUCAGUAUGAAUGUAGAAAAAGAGGCUUCAGUCUAAUAUUAUAAAUAUGUUAACAAUGUAUGUACAUGCUUAUUAACAUGGCUUCAAAAGCUACCAAAAGACCCUAAUAAAAGGCACCUUUGUUGCAGUGAAUGCACAGCAUGUGAAGCGUUUGAUAUGACGGUUCACUUUAAGGAGACUGUAGUGUAUCUAGCAUUUACAGACAAUGAGCUCCAGGCAGUGUUAUGGUUCUGAUAUUUGUUUUGUAUAGCAAUUGAAUGAAGAAAAGAAAAAAAAAGUGAAUUGUCAUCUUUUAAUUUGUAUUCUGUGUAUUUGUUCAAUGUGUUUUAAUAAAUCUUCUGGAGAACA